UAUUACAAAUCGCGGUCUGAACGGUUGGACCAUAGGGGCGUGUCUGGUCUUAUAUGAAAUAAGGACAGGACUGGUGAUUGGAUGUUGCUUCCAAGCGAAACUUAUUAAGACUCCAAGGCCUGAAUUAAUAUAUCUUUAUAGAUAUACAGUCCGUCAAGAUUCAUGCUGAAAUGUUCCCUUUAAACAAGCAGGACCUAUGCGGGGUAUGUCUCGGACUGGAUAAUUACCUGACUAAGGCGUUCAAGGAGAAGCCAUGCCAAAACGGGUAUUGAAACAGGAUACAGCUGAUUCAGAGGAAAGCAAACCAAAAAAUGCAAAAGUUACGGUCAACAAACCAAAGAACUAUGCAAAGCUCAUUGAUGAGUCAACAAAUUUUGAGACAGCGGAUCUCAAUUUCACAGAGAAAAUUCCUUCCAAAAACAAGCAUGGUCAGUUAGAAUUUCCAGACUGGCCUGAGUUCCGACCAACCAUGACUCCGAAAGAAGUUUUGCAGGCUGGAAGUUUUGGUGGAACAUAUUUUCGCUCGAUCAAAUCGGGUGUAACUGGUAAAAGUUACUCAGGUGCUGAAGUUUACAAAGAAUUUCCUUCUGACUGGUUUGAGGGCCUUAACAUUGUGAAGCAGGUGACUAGUGGUACAUAUCGUAACGAGGUCAACAUUUACAAGGUCAAAUGUGGAGGAAGUCUGGAUAUGUGGGAGGAGAGUGGCUGGAUACACAAACAAGAUCCCUACGGCUGGUUCCAAUGGUACUGUAGGUUUUACCUGGGCAGACGGACUCCUGAUGACGAACGACAAGUUGGUCGCUGGCUGCGGUGCGCAGGUGUAACAGGACGCUGGAGGAACAACCUGAUCUCCAAGUGUGCUAAGUCAGGCUGUGGCUACGACAACAAGGGGGUCUCACCAGUUGUCCGACAGACUCUCCAGCACUGGGCGUACAGACUCAACAGUGAUGACUUCAAUGCGUAUGUUAAGAAGAAAGGCCUGAAAUAGGAUGAAAUUUAGGCGAGCAAUGGACUGAAACAGAAAACAGAACAGAAUAUAAUAUGUAGUCUUUGAAAGUACUGGGAACAAUUUACUGGUAAAAUUUACAUUUCACCUCUGUUCAGUUUGCUGUUCAUAGGUGCAAUAUAGUAGAACAGAGCAUAUAAUUAGGGGGUCAAAGUCGAUCCCUCCUUCCCCGAGCGCUGGGUCACAGAAACUAUACUAGUGGGGCCUUAGACAUCAUGGAACUAGCAUUAAUAUUGACAUCCUAGAAGUCUUUUCAGUCUAUUUUGUUGGUUUUGGUUCCAUAAUGUUCAGUAUUUCUCCCACAAAUUCAAGUUCUUAGUAUGUGCCCUUUUUCAAAAUGGCGGCCAUAAGGCCCACCGAACAGGUUGCUGAAGCGAGGAAGCUCCUCGGGCAAUAAUCCCAAUACCUGUCCGAGAUUGCUGGUAAAUACAAAAAAAAUAUAUGUUUAAAUAAAUCAGAAAUUACACCAACACUCUUGAGAUACUCUUGAGUGAUAAAAAUUUGGUGUUAAACGGCAUAAAAGGUGAAUUUUAGUACAAUUUCAUCUGUAAUGAAAAUUACAUUUUUUAAGUAAUUAAUUUAAAGAGAAUGUAAUGUGCAUGGAAUGGAAUACUUAUGUUGGGUUUUUAUGAAGUAUUUUUAAAGAAAACAUUGGUUUUGAGAAAGACUUUCAUUUUUUUGAAUUAAUUACACAAACUGUUCAGUAGUAAAAAAUUACCAUGACAACGUCUAGCUGGGUUUCUCGACUGAAAUCCAAAUGUUUACUAGUUUCGACACUAACGUGUGUCGUCAUCAGAACAACUUUGAAAUUCAAGCAAUCAGGUAUAAGGUGAAAAAUGCCUUGCCUAGUCUGGCAACCAUAAAAACUUCUUAUAGUGUAUGACGUAGUACAUAAAUAACAAACAAAUGACGUCAUCGACAAUAAAGUCAAGACUGGUAGUGCGAAAAGUUCUGUACACAUUCGGAAUGUGAAAGUACAUGGUAGAAUAUAUUACCCUGCAUGUACGUGAUCCAUCUCGCAAUCCCUUGUCUAGUUCCCAGAAUGAACAACUCUCGCUAUAAUUGCUCAAAAUUGUCCAUGGCAAAAACACAUUCCCGCACAUGUUAAAUCAUGUCACACCAUGUGUCAACUGACAAAAAGUUUAGUAGUUAAAAUAUGUUUUAAUGAUCUGAUUGAGGAGAUGUCUAAAACACUGGCUGGCAAAGAUUCCAGAUAAUAACGAAACCAACAGCGGAUUUUUUUCAAAGAAUUUUUUUUUUGCAGGGGACAUUUUUUUUCCAAUAAAACAGAUACGGGUGUGAAAAACAAAAAUUCAAUUUUAUUUGGCCUUAAUUUUAACAAAGAAAACCCCUAAAAAAGUAUGUAUAUAUAAAUAGAAAAAAAAAAUCAAGUGAAAGUGAUGGCUAAGUGACCAAAUUUUCAUCGUGACUUCCAUGACCAUUUAAAUCAUACUGCAAAUGUUAGUGGACAGGUCACACUUCCUCCCUCCUUUACACUAAGCGGUGUAUCCUUGUCAAGUUCUACAGAAGAGAUACUCGUGUACCUACAGAAACAUGCUUUAGAUAUAGCAUGUACAAUCAUGACAUAGAAAGGAAAUGCAUUCCUCUCAUGAUCUUGUCGGAUUUCAAAACAUCUGACAGAAGGCACAUUCUUCUUCAUAGAAGAGUCUGAAUAAAGAACCUAUAGAUAAAUAUCAAAUAAAGAAAUAUGAGAAAAAAAUCUCAGGUUUAACUCCAUCAGACAGAAGAUAUGAGCCAGGCUCUUCUAUAUCACUGGCAUGUCUUAUGGUUUAAGUAAAUAAGAUAGGUUUGGUUUUCUUCUAAGUGUUUAACAUCAUCAGGUGUUUCUGCAUUAAGUUACUAAAGAAAAAAAAUCAUGAUUUUCGUUGGCUUGGGAAAUCUAAAAUCUGGAGAAGAUUUUAUGUUCUUUUCUCUUUUCAUUGGCUGGGGAAAUCUAAAAUCUGGACAAGAUUUUAUGAUCUGUUUUUCUUAUCGUUGGCUCGGGAAAUCGAAAAUCUGGACAAGAUCUUAUGAUCUUUUCCUCUUUUCAUUGGCUGGUGAAGUCUAAAAUCAUGAGCAGAGGCGAUAAUCUUGUUUCUCUUCCUCCAUUGGCUGGAGGAUUCAAAAAUCUGGAAAUGAUUUUAUUAUCUUUAUCAAAUUAAAGAAUGAACUUAAUUCAUUAAGUAUUAAUCAUUAAAACAUAUCUAUGACAUCAUCCAUUGUUUGUAUAGACCAUUAUAUCUAAUAAUGGACUGUUAUCAGUCCAUUAUUAGGACAAACUGUCCAUUAUUUCCAUAAAUAAUGGACAGUUUUUUUGGACGGGUGGAAAAAUAAUUCAAACAACAAAAAUGUACACUUCAUCUUUAUUAAUCCAUUGAUACUGUAAUCGAACAGAAUUUCGUUAUAGUAUCACAUGUACAAGCUGUAUAUAUAAUCAGACAGAAUUUCGAUAAGGUAUCACAAACUGUAUAAUCCACCAGAAUUUCGAUAUAGUGUCACAUGUCCAACAAGAAUUUCUGUAUAUCAAGAUGGUGGACAUUGAUGAUUAACAAUAAACAUAAUUCCCUGUAAAAAAAAUGGUUCUAAGAUCAGAAGAACUAUGUUUUUUGUUGUUUUUUUUUUGCAGAAAAUUAUCGUACAACUCUGGUUUUUGAAUCCGAAACAAUGCAGUGUUAAUGAGUUGUUCUUAUACAACUGUUGGCAAAUUCUUGCGGAAUGCAGUCUGUUUCUGAAAAGAAGUUAGUUCCCAGUUUACUUCAGGAGUAACGCCGUAGUUCCUAGUUUACUUUAGGAGUGACGUCAUACAUUAGUAUUUGCCUCAGUAUUCGUACAUUUGUAUCACAGAUCUUACUUCAGUAGUUCAUUCAGUAUUCGUACAUUUGUAUCACUGAAAAGUGUUGAAUAACAUAAGAUGCAUCAUUGUCUUGAUUUUUGAUAAUCUUUUUAGCAUUUUAGAUAUCUUGGAUACUAGUAACUAGCAACUGUUAGCAAGUUCUUGUGGAAUGCAGUCUGUUUCUGAAAACAAGUUAGUUCCCAGUUUACUUCAGGAGUAACGUCGUAGUUCCCAGUUUACUUCAGGAGUAACGUCAUAGUUCCCAAUUUACUUCGGAAGUAACGUCAUAGUUCCCAGUUUACUUCGGGAGUAACGUCAUAGUUCCCAGUUUACUUCGGGAGUAACGUCAUAGUUCCCAGUUUACUUCAGGAGUAACGUCAUAAUUCCUAGUUUACUUCAGGAGUAACGUCAUAGUUCCCAGUUUACUUCAGGAGUAACGUCGUAGUUCCCAGUUUACUUCAGGAGUAACGUCAUAGUUCCCAGUUUACUUCGGGAGUAACGUCAUAAUUCCUAGUUUACUUCGGGAGUAACGUCAUAGUUCCCAGUUUACUUCGGGAGUAACGUCAUAGUUCCCAGUUUACUUCGGAAGUAACGUCAUAGUUCCCAGUUUACGUUUGAAGUAACGUCAUAGUUCCCAGUUUACUUCGGGAGUAACGUCAUAGUUCCCAGUUUACUUCGGGAGUAACGCCGUAGUUCCUAGUUUACUUCAGGAGUGACGUCAUACUUUAGUAUUUGCCUCAGUAUUCGUACAUUUGUAUCACUGAAAAGUGUUGAAUAACAUAAGAUGCAUCAUUGUCUUGAUUUUUGAUAAUUUUUUUAGCAUUUUAGAUAUUUUGGAUACUAGUAACUAGCAACUGUUAGCAAGUUCUUGUGGAAUGCAGUCUGUUUCUGAAAACAAGUUAGUUUCCAGUUUACUUCGGGAGUAACGUCAUCUUUCCCAGUUACUUAAGGAGUAACGUCAUAGUUCCCAGUUUACUUUAGGAGUGACGUCAUACUUUAGUAUUUGCCUCAGUAUUCGUACAUUUGUAUCACUGAAAAGUGUUGAAUAACAUAGGAUGCAUCAUAUUGUUUUGCUUUUUGAGAUUUUUUUUAGCAUUUUAGAUAUUUUGGAUACUAGUAUCGAGCAACUGUUAGCAAGCGCUUGCAGAAAGCAGUCUGUUUCUGAAAACAAGUUAGUUCACAGUUUACUUCGGGAGUAACGUCGUAGUUUCUGGUUUACUUCUAGGGGUGACGUUUUUCUUUAUUAGUUCACUCAGUAUCCGUACAUUUGUAUCACUGAUCUUACUUCAGUAGUUCACUCAGUAUUCGUACAUUUGUAUCACUGAAAAGUGUUGAAUAACAUAAGAUGCAUCAUUGUUUUGCUUAUCUUUGAUAUUGUAUCUUUGAUACUAGUAACUAGCAACUGUUAGCAAGUUCUUGUGGAAUGCAGUCUGUUUCUGAAAACAAGUUAGCUCCCAGUUUACUUUAGGAGUAAUGUCAUAGUUCCUAGUUACUUCAGGAGUAACGUAAUAGCUCCCAAUUUACUUUAGGAGUAACGUCGUAGUUCCCGGUUUCACUCAGUAUUCAUACAUUUGUAUCACUGAUCAUACUUCAGUAGUUCACUCAGUAUUCGUACAUUUGUAUUACUGAUCAUACUUCAGUAGUUCACUCAGUAUUCGUACAUUUGUAUCACUGAAAAGUGUUGAAUAACAUACAAUGCAUCAUUGUUUUGAUUUUUGAGAUUUUUUUUAGCGUUUUAGAUAUCUUGGAUACUAGUACUCUUAACCAUAUAGUUAAAAAAAUCUUGAUAUAUAUAAAUAAAUAAAUAAAUGUGUAAAUAAAAAGAAAAAAAACUACAAAAUGUAACUAAUCAUGAAAAUGAAAUUGUGUUUAAAAGCAGCAUAUAUUGAAAUAAUCAGACUUCACCGACAAAACAAAUUCACUAUUAUAAUAUUUGCUUAAUAUUUGCUUAGUCAUUGUAAGCAAAUAUCAAAUAUGGUCUGUUUGGAAAACACUUUAUUAGUGUUAUUGCGCGAUAUCAUUGAUCAAAUUUAUCUGUAUCUAUAAAAUACGGUUAGCUUCUUAUUAUAGUUCUUAAUGAGAUUUUAUUUCAGUUCAUGGUAUAUAACAUUUCUAUCUAGUCUAAUCGUGAUUUGUAUUUCAUGUUUCGUGUUAUUUACCAGAUCCGUUCCUCUCUUCCACUACAACAUGUUUGAUUAAACAAGUCACAUUUUGAUAGUGUUUGAUUAACAAGCAUGUUAUUAUCUAACGAAGCUGUAUUAAAAUCUGUGUCGCAUUAUUUUAUAUACAUGUAUACGUAAAUGGUCCAUUUGAUCCGGCUCUGAGCUGUGGUAGCAUUUGUUUUUGCCCUUUACCACAAACAUUGCUUGGCUCACCGCAUUUAGGCUUGCCAUGUAUUCGACUCUUUGGUCUGGUUUUUGCCUGUUCUGUGUUCUCAACGAUUUUUGCUGAUUUUUCAGCAAUGACCCAAAAAGGUGGUGCUGAAAUGUCACCCUUCUUGUCACAAUUCCAAAUGGAGCGAGGUUUUUCUCGUGCAAAUUUAUGGCUAUCAGAUAAUGAUCUGUGACUCUGUAUAAUAUAGUAUUUGGGUUGAAAGGAAAGAUACAAAUAAUUCUUACCAAAUAUGGUAUGGUAAAGAAUCAUUUUCUGAUUCAGCUGUGAUGACCAAUGUUUAUAUUCAGCAUUAGUGACCCAAAGAUAUUGUAUAUACUAAUUUUACGCAUUUCCCUUUUUGUACAAAAUGAUGCGAUUCUGUUUAUUUUUGGGUAUAAAUUGCUUAUCAAUUGAUAUUGGCCCUUGUAUGUAGCUAAUCUGCUACAUCAUGAGGCCAUUACAGGAACCGGUCACAGGGAUUUUCCUACAAUUUUUUAACUGGGUCCAGGAUCCAUUGAAUUUGGAAUUUCUAAGCCACACAAUGUGACAUUUUGGUAAAACAAAAAAUAGUGAAAUUUUCUUUGAUGAAUAUUGCCUUUCUAUUAAUUUUGAUUGCAUUUUGUUAUGUAUAACGGUUUUCUUAUUUUUCAAAUAUCUUAAUAUAGGUCUUUGUAGAUAAAUCUUACUUAUUAUAUAUAAUCAUUCAAAAGUGACUUCAAGAUUGGCAAAUUGUUAGAGACAAAUUCGGAAUUUUCACAAGAAUUUUUUAGGGUAAUGGAUCCUUUAAACAGACCCUGUUGCUAUUGUUGGAAAAUCCCUGGGUCAGUAUUAAAAUUUGGCUGCCACCAUUAUAUUGAUGUAGCUGAUUCUUAGGAAGACAGCCAGAUAUUUAUGAUCAACUCCUAUGAUGGCCUCAGGAUGUAGCAAAUUUCCUACAUCGUAAAGGGCCAAUACCCUAAAAGCUCUUAUAAUACCAGAAAUCUUGUCAUGACAUCAGAAACAACGUAACUUGCUAUAUAUGCAUGCCAAGGUGUGGUGUGUGUAGUCUUUCAAUCAGCCUCAUUUAGCUUACCUGUCUGAAAGACAUUUCAAAGACUCUUUGAAGAAUUGAAUGGCCUAGACUUACUAGGAAAAAUUUUCUGAAACUUUCAGCAAAAAAUAUUCAUUCAAGUCUAUUUAAUGAAUUUGACCGACUGUGAAGUGGGCAGAAUCUUGAUUGGUGACUGGUGAGCAAUACAGGUCAAUUGGGCCUCUUUACUAGGUUUCUAUGCAAGUUUAAAGUUGUGAUGGCAAGGUCUGGUAUUAGAUGAACUUUUAAUUAUUCCUGGGUGCACACUGCAUCUUGCGCUUUCUCAGGUCGAUAUGAACUGUGAUAUACAUUGUACAUUAUACAUUUUAAAAGAAUGUUUGAUGUUUUUACUUUUUGAUAAAUCUUACAAUCUUGUUUACAGAUGUGCAAAUUAAGGGAAUAUUGAGAUGUCGUAUGCAUUGAUAUUGUUUAAGAAAAAGAAAUGAUGUAAAACUAUUGAAAUAAAUAAAAUAUUCAAUAAACCA